AUGCAGGUCUCCCUCGCGCCUGUGGCCAACGCUGACCCGCCCAAGGCCCCUCCGGGCGCAGAAAGCUCCUCCCACAUCUCCGAAUCCACAAAGGUCCUGUCUUACACGAAGGUACCUCAGGACUCUGCCCGCGGGGACAGACAGGCGCACCCCACCACCAUCGUGCUCCGCGAGUCACAGAGCAGCCCCGCUGCACUGGUGCCCGAGGAGCACCAGAUGUUCACGAAAGAACACUACAAAGCAGCCAACUGCCUCAAAUUGCUCCAGGAACUGAAUGCUUCAGACCCCCUCCACAUGAGCUACGUCAUCAAGAAGAUCAAGAUCAUGGCUUACAAGGCCCCCAACCUGGUGUUGGAAACCGUCUAUAACUACUUCAUAGACAACAUGGAGAUCUCCACCUGGCACAAGUUCCGGCUGCUCCGCGUCAUGGAGGCUGUCAUUGGAGCCCUUGACUCCUUGGAGGUGACCUGGGAGAAAACCUUCAUGCAGCUGGCCCUGGAGAACAUGACCAAGUCCACGGAUCUGGAAGAGGUGUACCAGGACGCGGCCGGUGACGUGCUGGUGGCCAUCUGCAGGCACUCGUGGCGUGCGGUGGCCCAGCUCCUGGAGACCGAGGUCCUGACAGGCGUCUUCCCCCACCGCAGCCUGUUCUACGUGAUGAGCACCCUGACCUUUAAUGAGGAAAUCUUCAGCAUUGGAGAUAAGGCAUGCUGGGAGGAGCAGCUGGACCAGAUGGCUGUCAAGUCGGUCCCGUUCCUGAACAUGGACGUGUGGUCCAAGGACCUGUUGUGUGCGCUCACCAAGCCCAACUGGACACAGCAGGAGCAGCCCCCAGAGAAGGCCUUCCUGUUCUCCUACUACGGGCGGAUCCUUCAAGCUGAGGAGAACAGCACCACCGUCAGGAAACACCUGCUGACCCUCCUGGAAACAUCUCAUCAGUGGCCCAAGCAGAGGGAGGGCAUCGCUCUCACUGUGGGGCUGGCCGCGGUCUGCCACCUGGACCACGUCUGGGCCGUCCUGGAGCAGUUUGGCCGGAGCAAGCCCAUCAAGUGGAGCCUCCACUCCUUAUCCCCAAAGAAUUCAGAGGACUUUCGGUGGAAGUGGGCCAGCAGCACCAUCCUCCUUGCCUACGGCCAGAUGGCGGCCAAGGCCAAGGCGCACAUCCUCCCGUGGGUGGACAACAUCCUGUCGCGCAUGGUCUACUACUUCCAGCACAGCCCCUUGGACGAGACCCUGAAGCAGAGCUUCCUCACCGCCGUCCUCAUGUUGGUGGAGGCCAUCAGCCGUGACGAGGGCGCCCACAGCUACACGUUCUCCCAGAUCUCCGAGCUCCUUGAGAGUCUGAUGGUUUUGCUGGAGAAGGAGCCCCGGGACACGCUGUGCACGCCAAACCGCCAGCAGACCAUCCACAUCAUCUCCAGCCUCUGUAAGCUGAGGCCGCCCCCGGACCCGGAGAGGAAAUCGCGGCUUCUGUCCACCUGCCUCCGUAGCGUGUUGGCCCUGCCGCCGCUGGACGUCCUGGAGAAAGACAUCCACCUCUCUCUGGAGAUGCCCGACGUACAGGUGCAAACCUGGCGCCCACGUCCCUCCACCAAGAGGGGCCCCUCGGGAAGGGGCUGGGGGACCCUGGGCAUGUUUCUUAACUGCUCAGAGCCUCCGUUUACCCUCUACACGCAGACCUUGAAGGCACUGGACCAGAUGCUGCAGAGCUUCAUCACACAGAACCCCGUGGCCGACGAGCUGUACUUCCUGCUGUCGCACCUGUACGUCUGGCUGGCGUCGGAGAAGACGCACGAGCGGCAGCGGGCUGCGUACAUUUUCGUGGCCCUCCUCAAAUUCCUGAGCCGCAACCCCGACCUGUGGCGUUCAAGGCCCCCUGGGUCCCUGCCACCAGGACCGAGUGGAUCCCUGAGUGCCCUGCCGCCCGGCCAGCCAAAAGAGGACUUCACACGGAUGGGGCAGCUGGUGGGCAUGCUGGGGAUUCUGUGCCAGGACCCAGACAGGGCCACGCAGAGUUCCAGCCUGGAAGGGCUGGGCCACCUCUACUGGCUCCUGAUGCGCCAGAGAGCAGAAGAGACUUCGCAGGUGGAAAUGCAGGCCCCCGAGCAGCCUGCCCAGCCCAGUGCAGAUGGAGCCCCCGUCUGCAGCAGUGGGGACCAGAAGGCCGCUCCUCCCAGCCCCCGGCGGAUGGUGACCCCGAAGGACCACAUCUCCGAGCUCGACAGCUCCCAAGUCAUCAAGAAGAUCAUGAAGUAUCUCACGGUGGCAGAGCUGACUGACCUCAUCUGGACGGCCAUCGAUGGCCUGGGCUCCACCAACCCCUCCUGCGUGCAGGCGGCCGCUGACAUGCUGCUGGUCGCCAUCCAGGAGCAUGGGGCCAAGCUGGAGACCGUUGCCAGCCUGAGCCGGGCCAUCCACCUGCAGCUCUACUCUAUCCGCAUUUCCCAAGCCAAGGAAAAUGCCCUGCGCGCCAUCACCCUGCUGGCCCAGAACCACACUCCCGAGCUGGUGGCUGCUUUCCUGGACUUCUCCAUCCCCCUGGACAGCCUCGCCUUGCAGCUGUGGAGGGCCCUGGGGGCCGAGCUGCCCGUGAGCCGCCUGGUGCUGGCCUUGCUAAUGGCCUGGCUGCGGGAACGGCCCCUGCCCACCGGGGCCAGUGACGGCAGCUCCCAGCCCCAGGAGAAGAGCUACCUGCGCUCGCUGGCCGCCAUGAACACGCUGCACAAGCUGCAGCUUGCCCGGGAGUUCAGGAGGGCCGUGCAGGAGGCCUACCCCGCGCUCCUGCUGGCCCUGCUCACCCAGAUGCACUACGUCCUGGAGCUGCAGCUGCCGGCGGGGCCCCCGCCCGGCCAGGAGGCCCAGGAGGCCCAGGAGGCCCAGGAGGCCCAGGAGGUGGCGGCGCCCAGCCCCCAGAGGUGCAGCACGUCGCUGGAGGCGCUGAAGAGCCUGCUGUCCACCACGGGGCACUGGCAGGACUUCGCCCACCUUGAGCUGCUGGGCGCCUGGGAGCUCUUCACCACCCUCCACACCUACCCGCAGGGCGUGGGCCUCCUCGCCAGGGCCAUGGUGCAGAACUGCUGUAAGCAGAUCCAGGCGGUGAUCAGCCAGCUGCUGCCCAGUCUGCAGUGCAGGGAGGAGCGGGAGAGGAAGGUGGCCAUCCUCAUCCUCACGGAGUUCCUCUACAGCCCCGCCCUGCUGGAGGUGCUCCCCCAGCAGGCCGCCCUGAUGGUGCUGGCCCGAAGCCUCAGGGACCCCAGCCCCGAGGUCCGCGUGUUGAGCCUGCAGAGCCUGGGAAACAUCCUCUUCCACCCGGAAAAGGGAAGCCUGCUCCGCGCACAGCUACCGCUCUUCCUCGACGGCUUCUUCCAGAACAGCGAGCCGGUGGUGCUGCGCAUCAUGGGCACCGUGUCAGACGUGCUGCACUGCCUGGGCCUGCAGGGCGCAGGGGCCCAGAGCCUCAGCAUUGCCAUCAAUGCCCGCUCCUUCUUCGACGACGAGCGCGAUGUGAUCCGGGCAGCGGCCAUGGCACUGUUCGGGGACCUGGUGGCAACGAUGGCAGGCAGGAAGCUGAACGGCCUGCAAGCCCAGGUGCACCAGAGCAUGGUGCCCCUGCUCCUGCACCUGAAGGACCACUGCCCAGCAGUCGUCACGCAGGCCAAGUUCACCUUCUACCGCUGUGCCAUGCUGCUCCCCUGGCGGCUGCGGCACACCCUCUUCUGUACGCUGGCCUGGGAGAGGGGCCUCAGUGCCCGCCACUUCCUCUGGACCUGCCUGAUGACCCGCAGCCAGGAGGAGUUCGGCAUCCACUUGGCGCAGGCACUCAGCUACCUGCACAGCCGCCACCGGCACAUCAAGACCUGGGCAGCGCUCUUCCUAGGUUACACCAUCUGCUACCACCCCCAGGCCGUGUCCCGGAUGGUGAACUACGUCGACAUAAACCUGCUCUUCUGUACUUUCGAAGAUCUCAAGAAGGACCAGGAGCCCGGCAUCCGCGAAUUUGCCACCAGACAGCUCUUCUUCCUUCAGGCCGUGGUUGCCAGACGGCAGUGA